AUGAUAAAACACAUUGAUCCAAGUCCGGAUCACGUUGACCUGGCGCAUCUCCCAACCUGAGUCUCGUAGCAGAGGGACAGAAAAGUUCAACUAACAGGCGUGCAGGCUGUCUGGAUGCUGAGCAGAGUUUCUGUCGGGAUGAUUUGGUGUAUGCGUCGUCGCUACAGGACAAUCUGUCUGUCCUUGGCCUUCAUCACUAUUUUCCUCCACCUCUUCCUGGCGCUGCUCUCUCUUUCUAUUUACCACCAGCCGUGUGACCCCCUGUCGCCAACCAAGACACACGCGGCGACUGACCUGGCACGCACCAGCUUCACCUCAGCGGGGAUUGGGGGUUUAGCUGAGCCUCCAGCUGAUGCUGCCCAAACAAAUGCUUCCAAUAUGGAUGCCAAUAAGGAGGCCAAAGGUCACGUGCAAACUCCUCCGUCUUCAAUCGACAACAACGUUGAGCCCUUGGCGUCUGGGUUGAAGAAACUGGAGGCACUGUUUGACCAUCCUCUGUACAAUAUACCCCGCCCUCCUGUCCCUGAAGAGGAUGUGCUGCUGAAAGUGAAGUCAAAGGUCAAAGCUGCUCAGGAGAGCUCUCAGAUGUGGGUGAGUGCAAGUCAAGAAGGCUUUGAGGAUGUGCAGUGGAACAGCAACAGCAGCACUCAUCCACCCUGGCUGCGUUUCCACCUGGGCAUCUCCCGCUGGCAGCUCUACGCUCACCGUGACGCCAACGUGGAGGCUCUGACCCAGCAGAUCUCCACGAACCGCAUCGUUAGUGCAGUGCAGAAGUCUGGCGGGACGCAACUGAAGCUGGUGAUGUCAUUUCCCAACUACGGACAAGCCAUGUUCAAGCCCAUGAAACAGGAGAGAGAUGAUGAAACCAACUACAACCUCUACUACUUCUCAGACUUUGAGAGACACAAUGCCGAAAUUGCAGCUUUUCACCUUGACAGGAUUUUAGGCUACAGGAGAAUCCCUCCCGUGGUUGGGAGGCUGGUGGACGUGAUAAAGGAGAUUAAAGACAUCACCACUGACCACAAGCUGGCUCGCACAUUUUUCACCUCCCCUGUGGGGAACGCAUGUUUCUACGGCCUGUGCUCCUACUACUGUUCUACAGAGCACGCCGUGUGCGGGCGUCCCAAGAAUGUGGAGGCCUCCAUGGCCGUCAUGCUUCCAGAUCUCUCCCUGGCUACGCGGAGGAGCUGGAGGUCGCCCUGGAGACGCUCGUACAGCCGCAGCAAGCUGGCCAAGUGGGAAACUGAUUCAGAUUACUGUUCCAGUGUGAAACAGAUGCCGCCGUUCAACAAAGGCACAAGGCUGGUGGACUUCAUGGACAUGGUCAUACUGGACUAUUUGAUGAGUAACAUGGACCGACAUCACUAUGAGACUUUUGAGAAGUUUGGCAAUAACACUUUCUUGUUGCACCUUGACAAUGGGAGAGGAUUUGGUCGUCACUCCAGAGAUGAGCGUUCUAUCUUAGCUCCUCUGAAGCAAUGCUGCAGAAUCCGCCGCUCCACCUGGAUGCGUCUGCGUCUCUUGUCUCUGCCUCGGUAUCGCCUCAGCGAUGUCAUGCGAGCGUCCCUGUCCCGCGAUCCCCUUCACCGCGUGGCCCCACUGCUGUCGGAGCUCCACCUCGCCGCUCUCGAUCGGCGUCUGAAAACUGUGCUGGAGGCCGUGAGUGUUUGUCAGCAGCAGCAGAGCGACGGCGGCCGAGGUGACGAGGUCAUCUUUGAUGACACGGCACACUUAAAAGACAUCAAUGUCACUGGGGCUUAAAGUGUCCUGUGACAUUUCCUCUGCACUUAAGGAGGGAUUUAUUCAAAGACCGUCCAUGUUGGAAUCCGCGGGAAGGUUUAAUCGGACACCGUUUAAUCAACUUGCCAUUUCCAGUAUUAGCAAGCAGUGUAACAUUUUGGAAAUGAAAAGAAAAAUCAAAAUUAGAGUAAGUAAGUACCUUCAAACGCCUGAGGAUUCACAAGAAAAGACAUUUAUUUUUGCAACAAUAAAAACAAGAAUAACAGAAUUUCACCAAGAAAACAAUCACCAAUAUUUAGGUUAAUAUUUAGGAUGUGUGCCAGUCUGAUUUCAAUACUGACGGACGUUUAACACAACUUUAGUCUCAUGCAUCUCAAACCUAAAAUAAAUUCAAACGGAUGCAUUUGAAAUAUCCUUGAAAACAGAACUAACAUAACAAACACACUUUGACUGAUUUUUCAUAAUCCACUUAUUGGACCAGUAUCUUAGUAGAACUUUUAGCAAAUAAUAAAAUAAAUACAAGUCUA